AUGCCAUCGCUAGGCACAACCACUUGGAGAAUACUAGCAUUCUUUUCACUCGUUAUACAUGUCCAUGCCCAAUCCUCCCACCCCAAUAAUACCGCCUUUAGUCCGAUUGACUCGACAUCGACAGUCUCGUCCUGCGACGCCCGCACUAUCAAUUAUAUCACCCACACCCUUCCCCAGUCCUGCCUCACGACCUCUUGGACGAGCUCGACUACAACUUCCACUCCCUUACUCUCCAAUUCGACUAGCGAUACUUCUUCUGACCCGGCACAAAGCAAUGCGCCAUCAUCCAGCGUACUAAGCGACUCCCAACCCCAACCCCAACCAUCUUCCACCGCCACUCCGCCCAAGGACGAAUCGCAAGAUGCAGCUGGAGAUGGAGCUGAGAAACCAUUCAUGUCCUUUGAGGACUGGAAAGAAUUGAUGCUACGCAAGACAGGGCAGGACCCUCAAGACCUCCAUGCCAGAAACACCAAGCCACGCGACAGGACACCGCCAGACAUGGGCCACGCCGGCCUCGGCGAGGAAGACGAGAUAUCAUUGAACUUCGACAGUUAUCUGGAUAACACCGGAAAGCAAAACGAGCCUCCUUCCGAUGUCGACCAAGUCAAAGGCGAUGGGUCAGCCAAGGCAAUCUCGAUUCAUAGGAGUAAAGAUGCCGGCAAGACGUGCAAGGAACGAUUCUCUUAUUCGUCUUUUGAUGCCGGUGCCACCAUUCUCAAGACAAGUCCUGGCGCAAAGAACGCCAAGGCCAUUCUCGUUGAGAACAAGGACUCUUACAUGCUUCUCGAGUGCUCUGCCAAGAGCAAGUUCGUCAUCGUAGAAUUGAGCGAUGAUGUCCUCAUCGACACUGUUGUUCUCGCAAACUUCGAAUUCUUCUCCAGCAUGUUCCGCCACUUUACUGUCAGCGUUAGUGACCGGUACCCAGUCAAGAUGGACAAGUGGAAGGAGAUCGGAUUGUUCGAGGCACGAAACUCGCGCGACAUCCAACCCUUUCUGGUUCCGAAUCCCCAGAUCUUUUCAAAGUACGUCCGGAUCGAGUUUCUUACCCAUUGGGGAAAGGAAUUCUAUUGUCCGGUAUCCUUACUUCGUAUCCAUGGCUCACGUAUGCUCGAUUCAUGGAAAGAAGCUGACCAAGCUCGUGAUGAUGAUUCAAACCCUGAAGAAGAGGCCGAGGAGACUCAGCAGUCUCUCCCUCCAGGGGAAGAAGCGCCAAAGAUACAAGGAGCCGAGAAAACCCCUGAGCCUGUCAAAACCACCGCUAUGGAGAAGAUGCCUUAUUGUGAAGUUAAUGCCACUUCGCAUGUCUUCAUGGUACCACUACUCUGCCCUGACUCGCUCAACCAUACAACUUCCACGACAUCGAACCAGAACAGCUCCGUGGAAGUAACAAGUGCUGCCCCCACUCCCAAUUCCUCCGAAGACAGAGAACAGAAAGGCCAUUCAACGCAGCACAACCCCAGAGCAGAGCGCCCAGCGAGUGAUGAGCCUACGUCCUCCGCAUUCUCCAAGACCGCUUCCCCAAGCGCCACACCGGCCAUCUCACCCACCAGUCCCUCCUCCGUCUCAUCGUCCAACGUCGAAUCAGUUUCAGAUUUCACUUCCCAGACCCAGAGCUCCAAGACAACUUCAACACCUUCCUCUUCAACAACUCCAUCCAUUGCAAAACCGUCGCCUGCCAAUACUGUUAACGCCAAAAAGGGCACGACGGGCACAGCUUCCGGUUCACCAGCCUCGCCAACAGUGCAAGAAGGCUUCUUCAAGGCCAUAUCAAAACGUCUCAUCGCAGUUGAGACUAACCUCACUCUCUCCCUGAAGUACGUCGAAGACCAGGCUCGCCACAUGUCCGAGACAUUGCAACGAACAGAGCAAAAGCAGAUUUCAAAAGCAAACUUGUUUUUCGAGGAGCUCAAUCGAACAGUCGUUGCCGAACUACGAUCCGCUCGUGAGCAGUAUGACCAGAUCUGGCAGUCAACUGUGAUCGCUCUCGAAAGCCAGCGCGAGCAAUCCAACCGAGAAAUAGUAGCUCUCAGCAGUCGUCUCAACCUUCUUGCCGAUGAGGUCGUGUUCCAGAAGCGUAUGGCCAUCGUGCAAGCAGUGCUUCUACUGUCAUGCCUCCUUCUCGUCAUCUUCUCCAGGGGUGGAUCGCUGCCUUACCUCGCGCCUCUCGUGGAUCAAGCAAAUCUCGCUCAAUACGACACUGGAUCACCCGCAGCUCGUCUUCGGGCAUUGUACAGUGACGUCUACGGCGCGGACGGACAGAAUGCAGCUUUACUCGCUGCCCGUCAGAGAGUGUUUGUUCCUGUGACAGAGGCAGCAGAUCAUAGUGAUUCAACAGAGCUUCGACAACGUUCGUCCUUGGUUGAUGAGAUGCGUAAUGAGCAGGCCGAGCGUGAGCAACUCUCGCCACCUCAAACACCAAGAUCUGGCGACAGCUUUUCGUCCUCGUCAGAUCGCUCACCACCACUUCGAGAGACCCAAUCAAGUCUUCUGCGCCAUGCUCCAGCAAUUCACUCAGGCAAUUCGCGUAAACCCUUACCGGCUUUACCUGAGAACCCUGCAUCGCCGUAA